GUCAUUUCACCAUGAAAUUGUCGAAAUCUGUUACUGAUGCUGGUCUGGAAAAAAAUCACAAAGGAAGAACAAAUCCAACUUUUUCAACUUCAUGAAAACAUGGGAAAAAAACUAAAAUGUAUAUUUUGGUAGUCUUUAAAAAAAAACAAAACCUUUGUAAUAUUGUUAUUAAUAAUGACAUAAUAAUGAUAACCUGUAAGGUAUUUUAUUCUGUAAUUGGUUUUAAAGCAAUGUUUUUAUGUCUUCCUGUAAGAUAUUGUACAUAGAAGCUGGGGAGGGUGGUGGGUGGGUGUCUGAGGGGCGGGGUUACUGAACCGGCUGGCAUGCCAUUGGUUGGUUUGGAAUGGGUAAAGUGCAGGAGGUCAUCUGCUGUGUUUUGUGGUCAUCUCACUACUUUAAGCGGUAUGCAUUGUGGUAAAUGUGUACGUCGGCCAGUGUGCUCCGGUGCCGUCUGGAACUGUUGACGGCUUCCUGGAGUUUGUCUGCCGUGUUUGUUCAGUUGAAAAAACUGCUUUUGUUACAAAGUCAGCAAUUUGUUUGAUUUCCUCUGACAAAAAACAAAAAUAAUAAUCAAUUUUGAGUUUUCAGUGAAACCAGAUUUCUUACAUCUUCAUUAAAAUAACUUCAGAUGAUGAUGAUGGACUAUGUAAGAACCACAACCUUAAACAGGACAAAAUCAGGGGUUCUUGGGGUCAGGGGUUGACUUCCUCUUUUUUUAAAAUAUUAUAUAUUUUUUGUGCGAUUCUCUUCUUAAUAUUUUGUUUUGUUUGUUUUUUGUUGUUUUUUUAAUUCUUUUUAUGCGGUGUGUUCCUCCGUGAAACAAAUGAAGGACAUUCUCAGAGAAGAAACUUAGAAAACCAUCACGGUCAUGUUCUGUCCUCCUGUCACUAUUGAAGGUGCAUGUGGUUGUCUGAGUGUGCGUGAGUGAGUGUUGUGCGCAAACAUUAAGGUGUAAAAUGGAACUACUUUUGGCAACAAAGGAAUUAUUUCCAUUGCCUUUUUUGGUACUGAAAAAAAAAAUCGCCCUGUUCCAUUUUGGCUCAUCUGCUCCUCUCCUCUGCCUCCUUCCCAUUUCAUAUUUACUUAGAAUACAUUUGUGCUCCUCUGAUGCUGACAGUUUAUUGUGGAUAUACAGUUGCUGCUCCGUGUAGUGAUGAACGGAGGGGGUCUGGGCAGGGAACCACAAAUCGAACAGGGUCUCGCUCCCAGUCGGCUCUCUACAGACGACACUGGCCUUCAGGAAGAGGCAAAAAAUAAAUAAGAAAAAAACAACACAAACAAAAAAACCUGCUGGAACAAAUUCCCGCAGGUUGUUUGUUCCGCCUCGUCACCACAGCAGAAAACUUCCUGAUGCAGCCAGUGGUUCCUCUGUCAGACCACCUGGGACACGACAUAAAACUACUGCUGGACACCAACACUGUAACUUUUUAACUUACAAUAAAGCAAUAAGUUAUUUUUUACCUUACAAAUGAAAAUAGUACUAUUAUUGGUAAUAGCAGACGGCGUGUGGGUAAUUCUGCGGCAUUAAGACUUAUUUUCAGAAAAAAAAAGAAACUAUAUUUUUCUGUUUUAUGACCUUGUUCCCCUUGUAUAUUGAGUUGACUUAUGUUUUUUUGUGUUGAUGUAAUGAAAAAGGGCCAAUGCUUUGAACAGAGCUUGUCGCUCUACAUGAGCUGAGUUGAAGAUAAAGAUUUGGACUGUCCUCUGCCAAGCUUUACAGCGAUGCUUUUCUUUUCUCCUUGUUGUUUUUUUUCUGACAGUUUCAAUUUUAAAAACCUAAUAAAUUAUUCUAAAGCAUUUGACCAUAAUUGUUCUUUGCUGUGUUAAUGGGCGUGUGAGUGGUUGUGUGUCAGUGACCCUGACUGGUGAAAAGGUCAGUGAAAAUUCACUCUCAGCUUCUCCCUUUUAUUUAUUUUUUUACUAUUUUGGUAAAGGUCUGCACAAUGACUUGGCAGAGUUUUUACAGCAGAUGCCCUUCAUGAUGCAACACAACCUGGAAUCUGCAGACUUGGUUGAUCUGAACUCAGAGCCUUCUGUGGUUUAUUUUAACCUGCGUCAAACCGGAAAGAGUAGAGGAGAGAAAGUGUGACACUGAGUCAUACGGUGUGAGGCAAGGAGAGAGCGUCCUGGGUUAGAGUCCCUAGUGGCGCCUCCUGUGUAGCAGCCUGUGAGUUGCAACUACGUACUCAAUGACUCACACUAAAAUUCCCAAUUGUGGGACACAUAAGAGACUCAAUUAUUAUUAUCGUUGUUGUUGUUAAAUGUGAUUUAGUUAGCGUUUGAAGGUUGUCUCUUUCAAUGGAGGAGCCAUGUGGACAGCAGGCAGGCAAGUACAAGAUUACAGAGCCACACUUUUGUAAUUUGUGUAGAAUGAGGCCUUGGUGUUGUCUACAUUUAAAAUACAUUUUAUAUGAAAAAUGAUUAAUUUUAGUAAUCCAUUUUUCUACCGUAAUGUCAUUGUGUUGCUCUGCUUACUAUGGAGCGACAAUCAGGGCUACUCUACAUAUUCUAUUCAAUCUGAUUCUACAUAAACACUUGAUAUUUUUCCAAGCUUUUUCCCAGGUUACAAAUUGAACAGCAGAUUCACAUUUCAGGCGUGAAGUUUGCAGCAGGAAGUCCUGUCAAUGCAGACCAUAGAGCCGUGAUCUGUGUUGUGUGAGACAGUGACUAAUGUGAAACAGCACAGAGCUGAGGGGAAUCGGUUCUGUGUUUGUGUGCCCAGUCAGUAAUGGUAAACAGAGUCUGAUCCCCCUCUUCUCCUUGGGGCAGGGUCCUGGACAGAGGCCAGGAGGGUUAAUAAUCCGGUCCCCUCUCCCCUACCUCAGCCCCGCUCCCUUCUCACACAGCUAACCUCAUUUUUUCAGCUUUGGAAAAGCGGAGUGGAACCAGUUCUCAGCUAUAACAAACAUUUUAACAUAAGUUUAAAUCCUUUUUUUAAAGGUCGGACAUCUUCAUCUGAAAGUGUCUUUCCUUAGAUUUUUCUUGUUUUUGUUUGGAUUUUGUUUCUCUUUUUUCACGGCUCUUCUUCACUGUAAACAGGAGCAAUGACUCUGGCAGCCCUGAAUCCACACGUGAAAAGUUCCCUGAAUGGGAGUGCAUUUUUUGACCACAGAUCAACAGAAGAUCAGGAACCUCCACCUCCGCUCCGCAGCUAUCUCUGUCUGACUCUUUUCACCUGCUUCUGUCCUGCUUACCCUGUCAACAUCGUGGCCCUGGUCUUCUCCAUCAUGUCCAGGAACAGUUACGAUCACGGUAACUACGAUGGGUCAAGGCGGUUGGGCCAGAACGCUCUCUAUGUCGCCAUCGCCUCCAUUAUCAUCGGCCUCCUGGUCAUCGCCAUCACCUGCAUCGUUCACUUCACCACAAUGGACUUUUAGCACAGUGGACGCAGAACUGCCUCUUGAUUUGAUCACUGGCUGGACUCAGCUGAUUGGUUCGUUCCAUCAGCCAAUGAAUGAAAGGACUUCUUGUGUCCUGGAUGUUAUUACUGCUCUACAUACAUUUGUGUGGAAGUUUUGUUACAUUUAUUUAUUAUUUCUUAAUUCUGUCCUUGUCUGCAUCCACAGUUGCUGUUUGUCGCAUCUUGAAGGAUACAUUUACAGUUUAACCUGGAAAAAAGACAUUUUUUUAUCAGUACUGACAUGGUGGAAUUACAUACUGUACAACAAGAAGGUCAACGGUUUGAUCCCUGGUGAAAACCAUAGGCCUUUCUGUCAGUUUUAUUUGACUGAAUGCUACCACCUGUCCUCCUACAUGUAGUUAAAGGAUAUCCAACCCUGACAUUUUCCUUUGUUUGUUGAUAAAUGCAAUUGAUGUGUGUGGUGCGUCGACACAAAGACUUCCACAAUUACUGAUUUUCAUCUAUUGCCUAAAACAUGUCUGCUGUUCGUAUGUCAUUUUAUAUCUGUCUCUAAAGAUCUUUAGCCAUCAAAGUCUUAAACAUUUU